AUGGACAUACCUCCGCAACCGCUGAUGCCGGAGCCUGCCGACCAUAUUUCCCUGCUGAUUGUUUUGUCCGGCCCAUCCGGAGUCGGCAAGGACUUCCUGCUCUCGCGCCUCAGGGCGUCCGGCAGACCCUACCACCUCGCGGUCACCGCCACGACCCGCUCCAUGCGCGGCGGCGAGCGGGACGGCGUGGACUACCACUUCGUAAGCGGUGAGCGAUUCGAGUCCAUGAUCGCGAACGAAGAAUUGCUGGAGUGGGCAAACGUCUUUGGCAACUACUACGGCGUACCCAAAUCACAGGUGGUGGACGCCUUGGGACGAGGUCAGGACGUCAUCCUCAAGAUUGAUGUGCAGGGCGCGGCGACCGUCCGCAAAUUGGCGCCGGACGCUCUGUUCAUCUUCCUCGCGCCGCCCAGCGAGGCAGAACUCGAGCGCCGACUGCGCGGGCGCAGGUCCGAGACCGCCGACGUCCUGAGAACCCGCAUUGAGCAGGCGCGCCACGAACUGCAGGAAGCCGAAACGUUUGACUACACCAUCGUCCACCACACUGACGCCACCGAUGAAGCUGCGCUGGAGAUCGAGGACAUCAUACGCCAUGAACGCCGGCGCAAUCCACCGCGCGUUGUCGCUCUCUGA